AUGGUUACACUGUUUGGAAAUGGUCUUCACAGCCCAAUUUUAAAUAUGGAAUGCUUGCUGGGGACUUUAUGUUGGCGUGUAACAUACUGCUGUCUGGCAACAACUAUGCCAAGAUUUCUCUUCUCUUUAAAUUUAUGAAUAUGGGGAUGGUGGAGAAGUCAUCUUUUUUCCGAAUACAAGACUCAUACUGUGUGGACACCAUAAAGGAAUUCUGGAAGGAGAAGAGAGCUGAAAUCAUUGCCCAAAUACAGUCCAAAGGGCCUAUUGUGGCCUUAGGUGAUGCUCGGAUGGACAGUCCUGGAUUCUGUGCACAGUAUUGCACAUAUUCAACAAUGGAAAAUGAAACUAAACAUAUAAUCAGUAUGGUCAACAUCGACAAGAGGGAGACCAUGAGGAACUCUGUUGUAAUGGAGAAAGAGGCCUUUCAACAGACCUUCGAGGCACUCCGCAAAGAAAUAAACUUGACUGAAAUUUGUACCGAUGCUCAUUCUCAAAUAUCAGCUCUCUUCAACAAAGGGAAAUACAGAGACAGCGGAGUCUACCACACUCUGGACGUCUGGCAUGGGUCCAAAAACCUGAGCAAAAAAAUUCAUGCAGCAGGGCAGCAAAAGGGGUGUGCCAUUCUCCAGAUGUGGAAUAAAGACAUCUGCAAUCACUUCUGGUACUGCUGUAAGACGGCAGAUACCUAUGAAGAGUUUAUUGACAUGUGGGUGUGAGUCCUGCACCAUGUCACAGGAGAACACACGUGGGCUCUUGGUGAGUGUAAACAUGGCCCCUUGCUGGACGACAGAGAUAAAGAAUUGAUUGAGAGUGGUUCAGUGGCACAUGAGAGGCUGGCUGAAAUUAUUCUCGAUGAACGCUGGCUGAAGGUCAUCCCCAAGUAUCUGAAUUUCAGGUCAACUGCAGAUUUGGAGUCGUUUCACAACCACAUACUGAUGUAUGCCAGCAAGCGCUUCAGCUUUUCCCCACCAGUUUAUGCUGCUCGUACCAUGCUGGCUGGCCUCGAUUACAACCAUCAUCUCCAUAGACCAGCCAGGAGAAAAGCUGAUGGCACAAU